CCGCGCGGCCGUGCGUCAGAGAGAGACUUAGAGACUCUUCAAACUUUCCCGAUCAAAAUAAACACCGGCGCCGAAUAAGACACCGGCGGGAGAAGGGGGGGAGCGAGAGAGCCGCGUGUGCGAGCCACUUCCUGAGCGCGCUCUCUCCCUUCUCCUCCUGGGGAGCAGGAGCCCUCCGUGCCUGCCGCUGCCCCGCAAACCCUUCCCCUCCCCGGGCGCCGCUCAGCGCUCCUCUUCAGUGACGUCUCUCGGGGGUACAACUGCAAAGACUGAGCACUCUUCCGUACAACGAUUUGGCGCUUCCUUUUCUCUUUUUUUCUGCGAGUGGGGGGCAAAAAAGAAACUCCAGCCAGCUUGCUCUCCCGCUUCAUAUUCUUGAGCGAGACAGAGCUCGUGUGCGCAACCCUUGCGGAGGAGGACCCCAACCAAGCGCCUCUCCAGCCUCACUUUUUUUAUUUUUAUUUUUUUGCGCUAAGCGGAUGCCAAAGCGGUGAUCCUCUUCGCCAAAGCCUCUUUGCGCCUCGAGAUCCAGCCAAGUGGUGACAAGAGAAACUUCGGGUGCGCCUCCAGCCGUCUUCUCCAGCAGCAGCAAUGAAAUCGGCAGAGGAAGAACAUUAUAUCUAUGCAUCUUCAAAUAUAAGUUCGGGCUUGCCUCUAAGUGUGGCACAUCCUUCAUUGUCAACUCCAUGUCAUGGCCUUCAGACAUCUAAUCCAGUCAUUUCGAUUGUCCCAUCAACUAAUCAUCCUUUGGGAUACGGAGGGCACACUGACAGCGGCACCGCUGGAUAUUAUCUGUCUCCAAAUGUCAGACCUAAUGGAGUGCCAGCACUAGAAAGUCCUAGAAUUGAAAUAACCUCUUACUUGGGACUGCACCACAACAACAACCAGUUCUUCCACGAUGCUGAGGUUGAGGAGGCCAUCCCAAAUGCAAAGCGAUCACCUUCUACUGCCACGUUGAACUUACCAAACAUUGAGGCUUAUAGAGACCCGUCGUGCCUAAGCCCAGCAAGCAGUUUGUCUUCCAGAAGUUGCAAUUCAGAAGCCUCUUCCUAUGAAUCCAACUACUCUUAUCCCUAUACUUCUCCCCAGACCUCUCCGUGGCAGUCGCCAUGUGUAUCGCCUAAGACCACUGACACCGAGGAGGGAUAUCCACGCGGCGUGGUAGCCUGCACAUUACUUAAUUCACCCAGGCAUUCUCCCUCUGGAUCUCCCAGAACAAGCAUUACAGAGGAAAACUGGGUGAGUACUCGCAACUCGAGGCCCUCUUCUCCUUGUAACAAGAGAAAAUACAGUUUGAAUGGCAGACAGACUUCCUACUCACCGCACCACUCUCCAACACCCUCUCCCCAGAGUUCUCCAAGGGUUAGUGUUACUGACGAGACGUGGCUGGGAAACACUAACCAGUACACCAGUUCGGCCAUUGUUGCAGCUAUCAAUGCCCUCACCACCGAUAGCACGAUAGACAUGAAUGAUGGGAUUCCUAUCAAAUCCAGGAAAACUGCAAUAGAUCACACCCCUUCUAUGACACUCAAGACUGAACCGAGUGGUGAUGAACAUGGGACUAUAUCACCAACAACUGACUUAUCGCCAGAAGAGUUUCCUGGAUUCCAGCACAUCAGGAAAGGAAGCUUCUGUGAUCAGUAUCUCUCGGUGCCACAGCAUCCUUAUCAGUGGGCCAAAUCAAAGCCUCCAACAUCAUACAUGAGCCCAUCCUUGCCUGCUCUGGAUUGGCAGUUGCCGUCUCACUCAGGACCUUAUGAACUUCGGAUUGAAGUGCAGCCCAAGUCCCAUCACAGAGCCCAUUACGAAACAGAAGGGAGUCGAGGGGCUGUGAAGGCAUCUGCCGGGGGACAUCCAAUGGUUCAGCUACACGGUUACUUAGAAAGUGAACCGCUCACGCUACAGCUGUUCAUCGGGACUGCAGAUGACCGCCUGCUGCGACCCCAUGCCUUCUACCAGGUUCAUCGGAUCACCGGGAAAACCGUUUCUACUACCAGUCAUGAAACCAUACUUUCUAACACCAAAGUCCUGGAAAUUCCACUUCUACCUGAAAACAACAUGAGAGCAAUCAUUGACUGCGCUGGAAUACUGAAACUUAGAAACUCAGACAUUGAACUGCGGAAAGGAGAAACUGAUAUUGGAAGGAAGAACACCCGAGUUCGUCUUGUCUUCCGUGUUCACAUUCCCCAGCCCAAUGGGAGAACCCUUUCUCUGCAAGUAGCCUCCAACCCAAUUGAAUGCUCUCAGAGAUCUGCCCAGGAAUUGCCUUUGGUGGAGAAGCAAAGCGCUGACAGCUAUCCUGUGAUGGGCGGGAAAAAAAUGAUACUGACUGGACACAACUUUCUUCAAGACUCCAAAGUCAUUUUUGUGGAGAAAGCUCCAGAUGGUCAUCAUGUGUGGGAAAUGGAAGCCAAAACUGACAAAGAGCUGUGUAAGCCAACAUCAUUGGUGAUCGAGGUACCACCAUUCCGCAAUCAGAGAAUUACGAGUCCCGUCCAGGUUAAUUUCUAUGUCUGCAAUGGAAAGAGAAAGAGAAGCCAGUGCCAGCUUUUCACCUACCUUCCUGCUAAUGUUCCAAUUAUAAAAACAGAACCCACUGACGACUAUGAGCCUGCUCAAACCUGUGGACCAAGGAACCAAGGACUAAGCCCUCUCUCCAAGCCAUACUACAGCCAGCAGAUCAUGAUGCCUCCUGAUCCUGGCUCGUGCCUUGUGGCUGGCUUCACUUCCUGUCAGCCGAGAAACACUGUGAUGUCAUCGUCUCCCAGCUCAAGUCCUAAGCUGCAUGAUCUUUCCACUCCUGCUUACAAGUGCAUCACCAACCCAGGCCACAGCCACCUAGGACUUCAGCAGACCGUUGGAGGGGUCCCCACCAUACAGGAAGUGUCAAGGUCUAUAGUUGUGCACCCAAGCUCUCCAGAUCAGGCAUCUCACAUCAUGCUGCAGCCGCAGGUGAGUCAACAUCUGAGCAGUAGCUGUACCCUUGGUUACCAACAAACACUCUAUCCCAACAGUCCCUCAUCUCCAGUUCCAUCUGUAACCCAAGAGCCAACCUUUUUGCAGUCCUGCAGUCCAACUCACUCAUCCAUAAUGGGUCAGCAGCAACUGCCGAAUGUUCAAAGAAAUGAAUCUCCAGCAGAGCAGCCACUGUCGUUGCCCGAGUUGCAUGAGGACAGUAAUCAUAAUUUGGCCCCUAUUCCUGUAACGAUCAAGUGUGAACCUGAGGAAUUGGACCAGUUAUACCUGGAUGAUGUAAACGAAAUAAUAAGGAACGAUCUCUCCAGCACCAACGUCCAUUGAUAGCUGGCCAUUUAGAAACGCUUGCUGUUUUAAGCUUAGCUGAGACAUCGGUUGCAGAUGAACUGAAGAUAAUUCCCCGGUACCGCUCUGCUCUUCCAGUUUCUUGAAUGUUUGGAACUGACCAUUACCUCUUUUGUGUGUGUGCAUAUAAUAUGUCUCAAAAGAAAUUCACUGGUUGGCUUCAACCAGAGAAAAACCAUCUUUUUAAAAGAAAAUCAUCUCAAGGAAAAUGGAGGAAACCAGGUGGCGCGUUUCGUGGGUUGAAAUAGGAAAAGUGACACAACAGAUCUAUUCCCCAACCCCCUUUGGCUCUACUAGACAACAGUCCUUGAAGUGCCUUAUUUUGUUAGCUUGUGGUAUCAGGACAUUUUAUGGGCAGUUUUGAAUUUGCUGCCAUCUAAAGUAUUUCUAGGCACAGAAACUAUAGGUCAUACAUUAGAAUUUAAUAUGUUAAAAAAAAACUGAUGGUAUAAGUCAAAAAAAUUCUGUUGAAAGUAAAAUACAUGUCUAAAUGCCAGGAUUUCUUCAUCUUUCCCUCU